AUGCAUUCAGAGGGAAAUGGGGUAGGAAUGCCAAAUGGAGAUGAAGUCUCACAAAUGACGCACUCUAUCGGCACAUAUGCCUCCAAUAUUGGCGACUCGCGGACGACACAUCAAAGCACAAAGGCACGGAGCUUGAGUUGGUCUGAACUUAAAUCCAGCUCUUGGCUCCAUAUCAAUAAUGACUGCGGAGUAGUCCACGUCCACAUAUGCCAACCCACAUAG